GGGGCAAAAUAAGGCAUCAGGAGUCUACGAGAGCUCGGGGGAGGGUAGAAACAGAGCCUCCGGGUCGUGGGGGCAGGCGAGCCAUGGCUGGUGGAAAAGCGAAGCCGUGUGUGUUCUGCCAGAUUGCACGGGCGUCGACUUCCACUCCUCUCCUCUACACCGACGAGAAGGUUGUUGCCUUCCCCGACAUCAAUCCUUCCGCGUUCAGGCAUUAUCUGGUUAUACCUAUAGAGCACAUUUCAACUGUCAAAGACCUUCGAAAAAGAACAGAAGAUUAUCAACUAGUAAGUCACAUGUUGAAUGUGGGGCAAACUCUUUUGCAGAGAGACACACCUGAAUCCAAACUAUAUAGAUUUGGAUUUCAUCAGCCUCCAUUUAACAGUGUUGACCAUCUGCAUCUUCACUGUUUGGCACUACCAUUCAUACCAGGAUGGAAACAUUUGAAGUAUACCCCUUUGGGGCCAUUGGGUGGGUUCAUAGAGGCUGAGAAGUUGCUGGACAAAAUAAAGCCAUUGUCAGCAGUUCACACAUGAUUAUCACAGCUACACUAUGCUAGAUGAAAUUUAUUAUGGAUUGAUUCUCCCAACAUUGCUUGCCGUUGGCUUGUAAAAUCAUCACAUUGAUAGUUUUUUGUACACUUCUUAAUUAUCGGGUCAAUUGUUGUAUACAACAUCUGCAAUGCUUGACAUAUAAAAUGAAACUAACAUAAUGUUGUUCUCUCUUUUCUUGAUCA